AUGUCGUUGAUCAUUUCCAAUGUUCAAAAAUCUAAUUUAACAAUUAUUUUUUGGAUUUUAGACAUUGAUAUUGAUAAUGAUGAUGAAAUACUUGAGGCAGUCCCUGACCUGGCCCAGGGGCCAGAUGAGCAACCCAUGAAUCCUCCACCUCAAGAAAGGCCUGCCUUGCAAGUUAAUGCAAAUUUUGAUGAUAAUGACCCACGCCCUGGGCGGUUUCAGGGGGCAGGCAGAGUGUUACAUGGACAAGUUAGAGAUAAUGACCCACGCCCUGGGCGGUUCGGGGGAAGAGGCAGAGUGUUGCAUGGACAAAUGAGAGGGCGGUGUUACAAAUGUGGCCUUCGUGGCCACCGAGCGGCGACAUGCGACGCACGGGCUGUUUGUUGGUUAUGUGGCCGAAGAGGCCACACGAAAGUCGUUUGUCCGCAGCGACAGGGGGCACAAAAAACUGGGGCAAUAAAACCCACCAUGCAGUUUACAAACUGCACGUUUGAGAAGUUCAAUGCUUGA